GACCGCACCGCGACCCUCUUCUCCUCAACCUCCCACCAUGUCUCGUCCAGAGCUGCAAGCACCGCCGGAAAUUUAUUAUGGCGACACAGAAGCCAAAAAGUACACCAACAACUCUCGUAUCCAGCAGAUUCAAGCCGAUAUGACGUAUCGUGCUUUGGAACUACUCAGCCUGCCUCCUGACCAACCCGCCUUCCUACUGGACAUCGGAUGCGGCUCUGGGCUCUCAGGUGAGAUUUUGGACGAGCAAGGCCAUCUGUGGGUGGGCGUAGACGUUGCACCGAGCAUGCUAGAGGUUGCGCUUGAACGGGAGGUAGAGGGCGAUCUAUUUCUGCAAGACAUUGGUCAAGGCUUUGGUUUCCGACCUGGUAGCUUUGAUGGCGCAAUUAGCGUAUCGGUCAUUCAAUGGCUACUGAAUGCCGAAACGUCCCACCCAACGUCCUCUCCCCCGCACCGCCUCACACGCUUCUUCACGACACUCCAUGCAGCACUACGUAAUCCGUCUCGUGCAGUCCUUCAAUUUUAUCCGACUUCAGACGACCAAGUACAAUUGAUUACUUCGAUAGCGCAGAAGGCAGGAUUCGGUGGUGGUGUGGUAGUGGACUAUCCCAACUCCAACAAGGCACGGAAGGUCUUUCUCUGUCUUUUCGUAGGAGGAGGCGGUGGUGCGCAACAAGUCCCGAAAGGUCUGGAGGCGGAAGAGGAAGAUGGCCAGGCUCGGUUCGAGGCCUCAAGACAACGUCAGCGAAAGCGAGAUAAGAACGGCAAACGGAAAAGUAUCAAAGACAAAGAUUGGAUCCUUCGAAAAAAGGAGCUAUACCGACGGAGGGGCAAGGAAGAUGUCCCUCGCGACUCAAAGUACACGGGUCGCAAGCGGAAAGCGGUCUUCUAGUCAGCAGAUGUCUAUCUGGAUUUCCUUCGAGUGCUAGGGUCAUUUUCGCAAUUGAGCUUGUCCACAAAUACACGUGGUUGACGGCAGCCCGGGCACGCAGUACAGUGUGCGCUCGUCAGCGCUGUGCUUUUAACAGGGAAUAUAUACUUGAACAUGAAUAAAUGCGUCAAAGAU